UGGGGUGUCUCUCUCUCAUGGCGGACUGGAGGUCAAGGGGACUAAAUGGAUGAGGUCAAAUCGGCUGCUUAAAGUCUUGAAAAAUAAAACACCCACCCCCUAAAGUCAAACCGGUCAUGUUGGCUGCAUAACCCCAAACACCGGCCAUAGGGACUGGGCUUCCCCCCACCGGGAGCUGGCAGGACCUGAAGGACCACAUGCGGGAGGCGGGCGACGUGUGCUUCGCCGACGUGCAGCAUGACGGCGAGGGCGUGGUGGAGUUCCUCCGCCGCGAGGACAUGGAGUACGCCCUGCGCUGCCUGGACCGGACCGAGUUCCGCUCGCAUCAGGGGGAGACGGCGUACAUCCGGGUGUACGAGGAGCGGGGCGCCACGAGCUACUGCCGCUCCCGCUCCCGCUCCCGCUCCCGCUCCCGGGGCCGCAAGCCCAUGGAUUGUUGCUCCCAUUGAUGCAAAUUACUUUUAAUGGUGACACAUGAGCAUCUCUUGUCUUUUCUUGUUGGUGGACCUGUGGGAAUCGGCCUGUGGUGGACUGAACAUGAUUUCCUUUUUGUUAUUUCAAAUAAAAAUGUUCAAUUUUA